GAAUGGACGAGAUUGACCUGGAGCUGACGGAUGCUGUCAGCCGAGGGGACGUGGACACAGUGGCCAUGUGGGUCACGUCAGGGCGCGUGGACGUGAACGUUCCAGACCGAGAUGGCGAUGUCCCGCUCUUGGUUGCCGCCAAGAAGAAUCAAUGUGCCAUGGUCGAGGUGCUGUUGCAGUAUGGAGCGUGGUUGGACGCAGUCGACGCACAUGGAUGGACGGCGUUGAUGGAGGCUGCGCUACAUGGCCACGAAGAUGUAGUGCGUGUGUUGCUCAAGUGGGGGUGUGAAAAAUCGCUGAGGAAUGCCGAGGGUCUCCAUGCACUCGACAUUGCCGUGCAAUACGGGCACGGCCAAAUCGUGUUUCUCCUGUGCGAAGGGCAUGACCCUGGCGUCGGGUUCUUUUAACUAUACGUGAUUUCAUCAUGGCAUCGUGA